AUGAAAACAUCAGGUGUCUUUCUGCUCCUCUUCCUGGCUCUUUUCUGCUUUUUCUCAGGUGUCUUCAGUCAAGGAGCUCAGGACAAAAGAGGCUGCAACACAAGAUCAGAGGGCUGGAUGCCAAGAAAAGGUGGCUUAAGGAGGCGUCUCUUUCAAGUUGACUGUGAUGAGUUCAAGGACCCCAAGGUCUACUGUACUCGGGAAUCUAAUCCCCACUGUGGUUCUGAUGGCCAGACAUAUGGCAAUAAAUGUGCCUUCUGUAAGGCAGUGUUGAAAAGUGGUGGGAAAAUCAACCUAAAGCACCGUGGAAAAUGCUGA